AUGUUCUAUAAGAGCAGCGUGACGGCCGACGACUCCUACGAUGUGUUUGUCUUCGGUGGUCCUGUCAAUUUCCGUGGUUACUUCCCCAACUACAGCAUCAAUGCCACCAGCGAGCAUGACUGGUUUACCUGGGCUAUUUUGAAGGGCCAUCCCCGUAACUCCGCGGGCAGCGUCACUCUCCGGUCUGCUGAUCCGCUUGAUAUGCCCGAUAUCGUGUUCAACUACUUCGACACUGGUGUGGGUGACUAUGAUGCUGAUUUGCAGGCGCUGUAUGAGGCGGUUGAGCUGAGUCGCGAUGCGUUUGAUCGUCAGCUCGUGGAUGUCACCGAGGUACUCCCCGGUGCUGAUGUGAAGACCAAGGAGGAUAUCCAGCAGUAUGCGAAGGAUACAGCUUGGGGACACCAUGCCUCUUGUACGUGCCCUAUUGGCGCGGACGAUGAUCCCAUGGCGGUCUUGGACGCAAAAUUCCGGGUCCGUGGUGUCAGUGGGCUUCGAGUGGUGGAUGCUUCGGUGUACCCCAAGAUUCCCGGCACCUUUACCGCUGUUUCGACUUAUAUUGUCGCCGAGAAGGCAGCUGAUGAGAUUCUGUCUGAGUUGAACUAG